AUAAUGAAUCGGAAAGUUUGAAUAAUUUACAAAAUGUUUUGGAAGAAUUUGAAGCAGAAGCUGUUGAGGGAAUACAACGUCGUCUUUCAACAACUUCUAAAGAAUUAUCAGAAUUUAAAGAGCGUGCAUUGUUAGCAGAGGAACAAUUAACACAAACAAAGGAAGAGGCUAGUCGGACAUCAUUAUAUGAAAAAGAAAUCAAAGAAAAGAAUUUAUUAAUUGGAAAACUGCGACAUGAAG